UUAAACUGAGGUAAAGUUAAAAUAAAUACAGUAACCGCUCAUUUCUGGUCUAAACCAGCUUUCCAGUUCCAGCAGGCUUUUCUGUGACGAGAAGACGCUCACUAAUAAUAUUUUACCUUUUCCUUAAAGGGCCGAUAAAAAUCUAGAGACCUCGAUAAGAAAAAGCAUUGGAGUGGGGGUACUGAACGGGUUAGGUAACCUUCGAACCACAAGUGGAGGUAUUGGUCCUGCCGUGUUUGCUUUUGCUCGGAGACUUAAGUGAAACAACCGCCGGGAUGCACGUGCAAUAGGAUUACUUUGUGAGUUAAUCGGUGAGUAGGAUAAAUAGGCUAGUGUCUGAAGUAUGGACCUGAGAUCGGAGGUGGGGACCCGCACAGUCUCACGAUCGAGCAGCGCACCUGUAUCGAUCCGGAGUUUCGCUGGCCGGGCGCCGCAAGUUUGUCACCUCGGGCGCCGCUUCCGUCUGACUGCAACCGAUACUCUGAUCGCACAUGUUCGUUUAAUGAAUAAAUUCUCACAAAAAGAUCACAUGAAAUACGAAGUUGCAUAAGGGACAGACAAAGAACCUAUGCGUUCAAUAUGAGCAUCUUCAUCCACUUCGCAUUCGCGUGCUCGAUGGUUAUAAUUGCAGCCCUGCACGUUUCGACAGCCGACGCUUCAGUGAGGGGAUCUGCGGUGCUGGAGGACAUCGUUCGCUACUAUGGGGAAAACGGCACGGUUUACCGCCAUCUGGACAACAUGCUACGGAUCAUUGGUGACGGAGGACCGUCUGGCGUUUUGGAUGGUUUGUCCCUAUAUGCAAAGUGCACGACAGCGGCGGAGAUGUUGGCAGAGCACGGACUACCCGUUAACGCGCAGCUGAGUGCCGACCAUCUGGACCGCCUAUGUCCCGCCAUCCUCGGCCAGGCGGUGAUGCCCUCCUGCGCCCGCGCCCCCGCCGCGAGUCACAGGGCCGCCGAUUACCGCGUGUGGGGCUACGGUGCCCUGGCAGUCACCAUCAUCAACCUGUUCUCGCUGCUGGGCCUGGCGCUCAUCCCCUUCACCAAGAAGCCCUACUUCCCCAAGGUGCUCACCUACUUCGUGGGCCUGGCCAUCGGCACGCUCUUCUCCAACGCUGUGCUGCAGCUCAUCCCCGAGGCCUUAGGAUUUGACCAGGUGGACAACUACACUCUGAAAGCCGUUGGAAUAUUUGGGGGAUUUUAUCUUCUCUUCUUCAUGGAAAAGAUACUGAAGAUGUCUUUAAAGACCGAGCACCAGCAUGGGCACAGUCACCUGCCCCCCCCGGAAUCCUUCCCCACCAACCCACACCACAACGGAGACCUGAGCCCCAAUGGGGAGGUCAUCACCAUCACCAGCUUCUGCAGCGACAAGGCCCAAAAAACCCAACAACCUGGCCGUUUUACCCCCCAGGAGGAACGCAGGUCGGUAAGGACUUUCUGCAGGCGGCAGUGGAGAGACCUCUCCAAAGUCAAGACAGUGGCAUGGAUGAUCUCGCUGAGCGACGCGCUCCACAACUUCAUCGACGGCCUGGCCAUCGGUGCCUCUUUCACGGUGUCUGUGCUCACCGGCUUCAGCACCUCCAUCGCCAUCGUCUGCGAGGAGUUCCCCCAUGAGCUGGGCGACUUUGUGAUACUGCUGAGUGCGGGGAUGACCAUCCCUCAAGCGGUCUUCUUCAACCUGCUGUCGGCUAUGUCCUGCUACAUCGGUCUGGCGCUGGGCAUCCUGGUGGGCAGCAACUUCUCCCCGAACAUCAUCUUCGCCUUCGCUGGAGGCAUGUUCCUCUACAUCGCGCUGGCUGACAUGUUCCCAGAGAUGAACGCCAUCCUGUCAGAGCAGAAGAGGACCACGAGGACAGAGAUCAUCUUCUUCCUGAUCCAGAACGCCGGCCUGUUGACAGGCUUUUCCAUCAUCUUGCUUAUCACUUUGUUUGCCGGGGCCAUCAAGUUGGGCUAGGCCUCCAUUUCAGGCGCCCCCCACCCUUCCCCUUGCCACGGACCUCACCGGGUGCGUAAGCACGGUUCACCAUGGGCGGGAAGAGCGCACGCCUAUGCUAGCAGUGCAGCCAAGGGCAUCUAAACGACAAUAAGAAUAGCUUCCUUUAAUAAGUUUAUUAGAUGCUUUCCUGUGUAACACAUGGUGUUGGCAUCGUUAUCACGGUCUGCUACCAUUGGCUAGGGAAGUCUGAUAAACUGGCACCCAGAACCGCAUCUCAGAUUGACAGUUUUGAUUAAAUCAUUGAAUUGUGUAGUGUAACCACAUUUAGUCAAUUGUACUGCAUAAUUCAAUACCAUUAAAUGGCUGGUAAUUAUCAAGUAAUUUUUGCAUACACAGGUCGCUGCAAGCCUGUUGGUUUCUGUAUGAAUUCGGUACUAGGCUGAGUGGUCUGGUUCUAUGUGGGGCGAGGAUGGGGCCAGGCAUCUGCAGUUUACUUCAGGACUCGGGGAAUAUCCAUCCUGAUUUUCCUCCAAGAACGAUUGACAUGGCCAUGAACGGUCACCCCUCUGGGCCCUGGGAAUGGGGUGUAUCACACUGAGGAGGUCAGGGGCCUGAAAGCUAUCAGGACCAAGGCUCAGGGGACACUUCUGAUGCAGAGUACUUGCUGUAUUAAAUGUCGUCUAGCAACAACUGAAAGUUUAAAAAAUAUAUUAUUUGGUCAGAAGAAAAUCCCGAAAAUAAUAAACAGCCGGCCUAUAACAGCUGAUGUUCUUUCUACCCCUUUGACUCAAAACAUUCAAAACUUUGACUAAAAACAAAACAAACUCUGUUCUUGAUCCUCUGUUUGCAUACAGACACUCUCCUG